GUAGCGACACUCAGCACGUAAAGUAUACAAGUUUAUAUGUAUAUUCUAUAGUCUUUGGUUUGACUGAACGUAUUUCGCUUUGAAUUCUUUUAUCAGCUUCUAUUUGAAAAGCUUUUGUUAUAGAAUGAUGUGGAGCCGCUUCCGCUGUGCUGCUUCCUUGUUGUUUUCACAGUGAAGGCUCCACGUGUGUCCAGAGUGAUGCCAGUAAACAGAAAAAGAGAACAAGGAAAAGAUGCUGCUGUACAAGGGACAAAUGACAGCAGUGUGGUCAGUAAGGUGUCAGCAGCGGCACAGGGCUACUUCCACGAUGAUUUCCUCAAGCAUUUUGUGUGCAAGAUGUCAAGAAGAGCUCCACUCAUUAAUAGAGGUUAUUAUGUGCGCUGGAAGGCAGUCGAUCACUGUGUAAAGCAGUUUCUCCAUGCAACAAAAUCCUGCCUCAGGAGACAGAUUCUGUCACUGGGAGCAGGGUUUGACUCGCUGUUUUUCCGGCUGCAUGCAGAAGGAGCUCUUGGAGGUGUCACGGUUUUUGAAGUUGACUUUCCAGAAGUUGCCCAUCGCAAAGCGGCCUUGAUCAAUAGCAAUGCUUGCCUAAAGGACACAUUGCCUGAUUGGGAGACUGUCCUGAAAAAGCAGACUAAUGCUGUGUUCAUCAGCAGUGGUCAUUAUAAUUUGAUUGGUGUGGAUGUCAGGAAGGAGCAGGAGGUGGAGGCGACUCUGAGCGCAGCUGGAUUGCAGUGGGACAAUCCUACACUCAUCCUGUCAGAGGUGGUGCUUACUUACAUGGAGACACAAUGGUCGGAUGCUGUGAUUGGCUGGGCUGCAAGGCUCCUCCCACAGUCUAUGUUUGUGAUGUAUGAACAGAUCCGCCCAGAUGACCCAUUUGGCAGAGUCAUGCAGAGCCACUUCCUGAAGCUUAACUCUAAAAUUCAUUCUCUACAACAAUAUCCAGACACUGUGGCUCAAACCCAGAGAUUCAUACAGCAAGGCUGGGAAAAAUGUGUCUGUCUGGACAUGAACCAGUUCUACUUUGACCUUCUUCAUAAAGAUGAGCAACAGAGAGUUGAAAAUCUGGAGCCUUUUGAUGAGUUUGAGGAAUGGCACCAGAAAUUUUCUCAUUACUUCAUCCUUACAGCCUCCAAAGGUUCUGUGACCAGGCAAGCUCUUCUUACACUACCAAAUGCAUCCUCCAUUCCUCUAAUGACUCCUCAGUGGGACACACAUCCUCCUCUGGUCAUACAGCCCAUGUGCGGAUCACCAUCUGUGGAGGCUCUCGGUAUGGCAUCUGCCCUCCUGACCCCUGAAUUUAUUCUACUCACCGGAGGCUUCGGAAGAAACGGAAGAGACACUGCAGCAAGGGUCCUGAUCAAAGAGGAGGGUGGCUGGAAAUGUGCCUGUGUAGAAGUACAUGGAGAUAAAGUGGUGAGUCUUUAUCAGACGUUGACUUCUGUCCCUGGUGGUGGAGCCGUUCUCUUUGGGGGCAGAUCUUCUCCACUCAGUCCAUCAGGAAGUGUCGUUUUGGUGAGCGUUGACCUUGCUGAUGAAGUACAGCUUUCAUUCAAGAAAAUAGUUUGUACUGGCACUGGUCCAAAGCCACGAUGGCGACACACAUCUACUUUAAUAUGCUACAACGACAAGACCUUUUUGUUUGUGUUUGGAGGACGUUCUGAAAAGGAUCCGGUUCUAGGAGAUGCACAUUUCCUUUGUUUGGAGGACAAGCACUGGACUGAGAUUACAGUUGUUGGUGCUGGUCCGGAAGCCCGCCACUCCCAUUCAGCUUGUGCCUAUGGAGGAGGGCUUGUGAUAUUUGGAGGUUUAGGGGAAGGAGGCAGACCUCUGGGGGAUGCCCUUUAUCUGAGACCCACAUCAUCAGGUUUCUGCUGGGAGAUGAAGGAUUUACGUCCACCUCCAGUGCCCAGAUACUCUCACUCAGCUCAUGUAAUUAAUGAGAAGCUGGUUGUGGUUGGUGGAGUCUGGCUUCAGGCUGAUGGAGUACCAGGAGUUUCUGUAAUAAAUCUCAACACUGGAAGCUGUGUGGAGAUCCAGCUGGAUACUUUGUGUGUGCCUUGGCCUCUGAUGCUGCAUUCUUUCUGCUCUGAGCUUCUGGAUUGUGAAGGCUCUGAACUGGUGCUCAUUGGUGGAGGUGGAAACUGUUUCUCAUUUGGAACUCACCUCAAUCUCCAUCCCGUAACUGUGGAUCUUAAACCAAUACUAUGCUGUUGAUUUUAGUCAUAGCACUCAAGCACAAACAACAAACGAGCAAAAAAAUGUGCUGCUGAGUGAGUCUCCAGCCAAACUUUUAUUUGAGCCAGAACUUUGGUUUGAGCAUGCAACCAAAUAGCCCAAGCACUGUGACAGAAACAUCACUCUGUGAAGCGACGGAAAGACUGAACGCUGGGACAGAUUGCGCCCCAGUCCACUGGUUUGCGGUAGUUGCCCUUAUCCAGGAAGUACUGGUGGCCACGAUAGUUGGGAUGCUCAUAGAAGAUCCAGUAUCCGUCCAGAACUUUGCAGGAAUGGACCUCUCGCAGACGGAACCUCUCCUGCACUGAUGGACAGUCUUCAAUGGACUCUAUAGCCUGGCCUGUGAAGUCGGGUUUGUCGUACAACUGAACCUUGUACUGCAUUCCACUCGUCUGCAUGGGUUAGAUGUGCAGGAUCAAUGAAACAAAAAGACAACAGAAUGAAUAUUUAUGUUUAUGUCCAUACUUUACGACUUUAAUAAGUUUUUACAUGAAUAAAUGGAUGCUUUUAUCUUUUUUGCCCACUUUGAA